UCCAGGCCCAGGACAAGCACAGACAGACUUGCACUACUUUGUGCACCCUGUCUUCUCCAGCAGCCUGGAAUCUCAGUUCCAGCAGGAGCAUCCCUCAGAUCCCUUGAUGUCACACUCCCCCCUCCCCCCGGUUUCUCUGUGAGAUAAAGGCGCUGUUCCCCUCCCUACAUCCGGCCCAGCUCAAUGCCACAGGCAGCAUCCUGGAGACCAGCCAGGAUGAUUUACGAGAUCUGACGGGUCUAGGGCAGUAUCCCAGGGAAGGGUGAGGGUGCGUGGGAGUCUUGCUCCCUUUUUCCAUAAUAAAUCCCUGUGAACUGAAUGUUCCUGGGUUGGGGCCCCAGGCAAACUCAGCGCUGCAUUUCUCUGCUGAUCUGUCCUUGGGACUUAAUCUCAAAUCCGUUAUCGCUGCCCCCAUCGAGCGCUGGGAGGCAGUGAUGCCCAUUAUGGUGGUUUUGGUAUCCCUUCCAGCUAUUUUUUUCCCCCUGACCAGCUCGGGGUGGUUCAAGCUGAUUCCUUUCCUCUAUUAGCAUCAGUGGUGGGUGUGUGCCGGUCACCUCGCUCCGGUUUUGCAGGGUAUAAAGCCAGCAAGCCCCUCUCCACCCUGUCCCCCACCUGGCAGGCUCCUGGGCAGGGGCAAUGGCCGAGCUGCCCAUCCCAGAUCUGCCCCCAGCCCGCUGCAGCGGCCGCUUCACCAUCAGCACCCUGCUGGGCAUGGAGGAGGGGGGCCGGGGUCCCUACACACCCACUGAGGGGUCCAGCUGCGACAGCGUCCAGCCCACCCACCUGUCCAGCAGCACCCUCUGCACCAGGACCUUCGGCUACAACACGGUGGAUGUGGUGCCAGCCUACGAGCACUAUGCCAACAGCAAGGGGGUGGGCGACCUCAGGAAGGGCAGGCCCUCGCUGGCUGACCUGCACUCCAUCCUCAAGGUAACAGAGGGCUUGGCUGUACCCAUAGCAUCUCUGGCAUCCCCUGGCCAUGCUUCUGCUCCCUGUGAAGUGUCUGCGGUGGGUCACUUUGUCUCCUGCCUCUUGGUGCCAUUACUGGUGCUGUGCCAGCUGCACAUCCCCAAGGAAGCCCUGAGAGAAACCAGAGAAUCUAGCUGUUUCCAGCUGUGUGUUCAGCCAGAGCAUUUUCUCCAGGGACAGCUGCCUGAAUCCACCCUCACCUGCCUUCCCCUCGUCCCACAGCCUGACCCGAGCCGCCUUCGCCUGCCAGUGUCUGACCUGCAGCACAGCAAUGGCCUGCCAGAGGCCGGGCCGGAGGCUGGACUGGAGGAGGCAGAAGGGGAGCCAGGCAGAGACUCCGUGCCAGAACCUGUCCGCUUUGGAUGGGUGAAGGGCGUCAUGAUCCGCUGCAUGCUGAAUAUUUGGGGAGUUAUCCUCUACUUGCGCUUGCCCUGGAUCACCGCCCAGGCAGGAAUCGCCCUGACAUGGCUCAUCAUCCUCAUGUCUGUGACAGUGACCACCAUAACCGGCUUGUCCAUCUCUGCCAUAUCCACCAAUGGCAAAGUGAAGUCAGGAGGCACCUACUUCCUUAUCUCGCGGAGCCUCGGGCCGGAGCUGGGCGGCUCCAUCGGACUGAUCUUCGCCUUUGCGAACGCCGUGGCCGUGGCCAUGCACACAGUGGGCUUUGCUGAAACUGUCCGGGACCUGCUGCAGGAGCACAAUUCCCUCAUCGUGGACCCCACCAAUGACAUCCGAAUCAUUGGGGUCAUCACUGUGACGGUGCUGCUGGGCAUCUCUCUGGCUGGCAUGGAAUGGGAGGCCAAGGCACAGAUACUGUUCUUCCUGGUCAUCCUGGUUUCCUUCAUUAACUACCUGGUGGGGACAGUGAUCCCAGCCACUGCUGAGAAGCAAGCAAAGGGCUUCUUCAGCUACCGAGCCGAUAUCUUUGCUCAGAACUUUGUGCCCAACUGGCGUGGACCUGAGGGCUCCUUCUUUGGCUUGUUUUCCAUUUUCUUCCCAUCCGCAACCGGCAUCCUGGCUGGGGCAAACAUUUCAGGUGACCUGAAGGAUCCUGCCGUGGCCAUCCCCAAGGGCACCUUGAUGGCCAUCUUCUGGACCACUAUGUCCUACCUGGUGCUUUCCGCUACCAUUGGUGCCUGUGUGGUCCGAGAUGCCUCAGGCAGCCUGAACGACAGCGUGGCCGUGGGCUCGCCGGGCUGUGAGGGACUGCCCUGCAGCUUUGGCUGGAACUUCACUGCCUGCACCCAACAGCAGAGCUGCCGAUAUGGGCUCAGCAACUACUACCAGAGCAUGAGCAUGGUGUCUGGAUUUGGCCCCCUCAUUACAGCAGGAAUCUUUGGCGCUACCCUCUCCUCAGCAUUGGCUUGCCUUGUCUCAGCCCCCAAAGUCUUCCAGUGUCUCUGCAAGGACCAGCUCUAUCCUCUCAUUGGCUUCUUCGGGAAGGGCUAUGGGAGGAACAGCGAGCCCAUCCGUGGCUACAUGCUCACCUAUGUCAUUGCCAUUGGCUUUAUCCUCAUCGCCGAGCUCAAUGCCAUCGCCCCCAUCAUCUCCAACUUCUUCCUCUGCUCCUAUGCCCUCAUCAAUUUCAGCUGCUUCCACGCCUCCAUCACCAACUCCCCAGGCUGGCGACCCUCCUUUCGGUAUUACAGCAAGUGGACUGCUCUCUUUGGAGCGGCUGUCUCAGUGGUGAUCAUGUUCCUGCUGACCUGGUGGGCAGCCCUCAUUGCCUUCGGCAUCGUCAUCUUCCUCCUGGGAUAUGUCCUCUACAAAAAGCCAGAUGUCAACUGGGGCUCCUCCAUGCAAGCCAGCUCCUACAACAUGGCCCUCAACUACUCAGUGGGGCUGAGUGAAGUGGAUGAGCACAUCAAGAACUACAGACCGCAGUGCCUGGUGCUGACUGGCCCCCCCAACUUCCGCCCGGCACUGGUGGAUUUUGUGGGGACCUUCACCAAGAACCUCAGCCUGAUGCUCUGUGGCAACGUGCUGAUUGGCCCACGGAAGCAGAAGAUGCCAGAGUCCCGGCUGAUGGCAGAUGGCCACACUAAGUGGCUAAUGAAGAGGAAGAUCAAGGCUUUCUACACAGAUGUGGUGGCUGAGGAUUUGAGAAGUGGCGUCCAAAUGCUGAUCCAGGCUGCUGGCCUCGGGAAGAUGAGACCUAACAUCUUAGUGCUGGGCUACAAGAGGAACUGGCGGACGGCAUCCCCACAGAGCCUGGAGGACUACGUGGGCAUCCUGCACGACGCGUUCGAUUUCAAGUACGGCGUGUGCUUGAUGCGGAUGAAGGAAGGGCUGAAUGUUUCCCGAGUGCUGCAGGCACAUGUUAACCCCACGUUCGAGGAAGCAGAGCACCCCAAGAAUGGCACUGGCAGCAGAGCAGCCCCAGGCACAGUGGACCCCGCCGCCUUGGCCAGUGAGCAGCAGGCAAGCACCAUCUUCCAGAGCAAGCAGGGCAAGAAGACCAUUGACAUUUACUGGCUCUUUGAUGAUGGAGGUCUCACGCUGCUCAUCCCCUACCUCCUGGGGCGCAAGAAGCGGUGGGCAAAGUGCAAAAUCCGGGUGUUUGUCGGUGGGCAGAUCAACAGGAUGGAUGAGGAGAGGAAGGCGAUUGUCUCUCUACUGAGCAAGUUCCGCCUUGGCUUCCAUGAGGUCCACAUCCUCCCUGACAUCAACCAGAAACCCCGGCCAGAGCACAUCAAGAGAUUUGAUGAGCUCAUCGCUCCCUUCAGGCUGAACGAUGGCUUCAAAGACGAGGCCACAGUGAAUGAGAUGAGACAGGGCUGUCCCUGGAAGAUUUCUGAUGAGGAGGUCGAUAAAAACAGAGCCAAGUCACUCCGACAAGUGAGGCUGAACGAGAUUUUGCUGGAUUACUCGCGGGAUGCAGCACUCAUAGCCAUCACCCCGCCCAUCGGUAGGAAGGGCCGCUGCCCCAGCUCCCUCUACAUGGCCUGGCUUGAGACCCUCUCUCAGGACCUGAGACCCCCCAUCAUCCUCACCCGAGGAAACCAAGAGAACGUGUUGACCUUUUACUGCCAAUAAAACCUCCUGGAUUCCUGA